AUGCGCUAUUUCCCUUUCCUAAUAGUUGCAUCGGCUUUUUAUGCCUCCGCGCAAGAGCCGACACCGGUGUCUCAAAGCGCAGCCGUACCUAGCGGAAGCACACAAUGCGCAUCUCAACAAAUUGUAGAUGAUUGCGUUGCUAUCAUGAAGAAUUCUCUACAAAAGUGCUCAGCGGAUAAUUGGGACUGCAAAUGUUCGGGUUCUGCGAAUAUCGCAAAUUGUUAUGUGAAUUGCCCCGACAGCCCAGACUAUAUCGCCGCUCAAUCAUCCAGUGCCUCGGAUUGUGCCACUGCCAACGCUUAUGAUAAGGGAAACACGAUUGUACCAGACACGUGGAAGACGAUGGAUUUUCACAACGAUGUUCGUCCAAGCGCUACGAGUACCAGCAGCGAUGCUGGCCCUACAACUACUGAGGCAAAGAUAUUGGAUAGUCAUAAGGAAUCCGCCAAGCCAUCCAAGGGUGCCGCAAGUGUGAAGGCUACCGGGAGCUGGCUUGCGUUAGUUGGUUUAGGUAUCGGCGCUUUCUUCUAA